AUGAUUUUGGGAGCAUUUUCAUCAAAAGGGAUGUCCUCGUUGGCAUUUUUAAACGGUAUGCAGGAUUCUGCUGCUUACUGUACUACUCUCGACAACUAUUUGCUACCAUUUGCGUACUGUUAUCAUGAUGACUCACUCGUUUUUAUGCAAGAUGGGGCAUCUAUUCAUAGAUCCAAUUUAACGCACUCGUGGUUAAAUCAAUUGGAAAUUAAUUUGCUACCGUGGCCCUCUCGCUCUCCGGAUCUGAAUCCGAUUGAGAACGUUUGGGGCCACUUGGCACGUGCAGUGUACGCCAACGGGAGGCAGUUCACCUCACGUGACGCCCUGGUUGAUGCCAUACAGCAGUGCUGGAAUGGAAUCGCAUUGCACUACUGUAAUAGCCUAAUUUCGUUAAUGCCGAGUAGGUGUUUGAAGGCUAUUGUGCGUAGUGGCGAUUUGACAGGUUAUUAA